UGUAGGGGAGCAGCUGGACUCCCCGAGCUGCCCAAGGGGGUCGGCGCCCUAGGCUUCUUGGUGGCAUGCUGGGGCGCGGGGAGGAGGGGACUCUUACCCGAAGGCUGCCUUGCUGCAGGCGGCGGUCGGUCCGGGCGGCGGCUGUAAUCCACUUGGCGCUGCCCCGAGGCGCGCACUCUCGGCAGUAGGGACCCGCUCAUGUUGGAGAAGAAGCCGCGUCGGAAGCGCGCGGCUGUAGUCGCCCCGAGCAGGCCAGUUGUUCCCGGCAGGCGGUAUCGGCGCCGGCGGGGGACUCGGCGCCUAGGGCCCCUUCCAGGCCUUCCCUCCCCCAGGCUCCCCACCAGCUCGGGAGGUGGUAGCGGUGCAGACCGAGGGAGCGGCGGUGGGGCCAGGGCGGGAGCCGAGGCUGCCGCCGACUCCGCAAUCCCGCAGCCGGCGACUGGAGCCCACCGCUGCAGAGACAAAGAUGCCAAGGAUUCAGCAAACACCGGGGAAGCAGAGAGCACAACAAGCUUGGAUGUGAAAUAGCACUACCUUCUGUAUUGCAGCAGAAAACAAUAUUUUAAAUUACACAAGCAGAUGGGGAUUGUUGGGCCCUCACAAGCCCA